CGCUGUCCUAGCCCUGCUGUCCUGAAAUUGCUGCAAAAUGGCUGCAGUAUUUCGUCGUUUCCGGUGUCUUCAAGCUCAGAGGCGUCUGGCUGCUUGGCAACCAGGAACCGAAGCCAACAACAGAAGCAGGACACGCGGGUAAAAGACCAUGCGUCGCUCAGCUGCCAAAUCACGGGGCGAUAAAAGCCGCACUGAUUCUGUCCCAGCUAAUGCUGCUUCGGUCCAGCCUGUUGAGACCGUGGACAUUGUCCCAGGCCGCCUCACAGAGUCUACCUGGACCAGCAUGCUCUCCCAGGAGGAGGGUGAGGAGGUGGUGGUGGAUAUUAUAGCAGAACUGAUGGAAGGAGUGAUGGACAGAUGCUAUCAGGUGUAUCUACAAAGACAGUUGAUACCCUUCUCGGUGUGGUGGGCACAAAGUAACCUGGUGGAGACGCUAGAAUGCCUUCUCCUGAGGAGAGAUGAAGGGGAUGAUCCAGAACAUGAACUCUUUUGGCAAGAGGAUCAAGAACCUCAGCCCUGUGCGAUUGAUUGUUGGGCUGAAGGAUCUGUACCUGUGCUUCAUGCUGCUCAGGGAUAGCGCAAGAUUGGAGAAGAAGAGCCAGCUUUUUUUGAGCAUCCUCCAGAAAGAAGUAGGACACUGUCUGGUAGGAAGCCGGAGAAUAAAGGAGAGAAAAUAAAGGAAUCUUGGUUAUUAAGAUCACAGAUAAAACCCUCCUGGUGGAAAAAUACGACACAUACUAGGUUCCUAAUCAACCAUCUGCAAAGCAGCAGAUUAAAAUAGUGCUGUGAUUGUAUUAAAGUCUGCAGGGCUCUCAGUCCACAAGAAUCACAGAGAAAGAACAUCUGUGACCAAAGCAGAGGGUCAAUGCUGAUCCAUGAGGAGCAUUUACCCAAGACGAGUGCCUGUCCUCCUACGUACAGUAUACAUUCCUCAUAAACCUCAGUUCUCCAUUUAUCUGGGUUUUCCAGAUCUGGAAUUAUGUAUUAAUGGGAACUAGAUGAGUCAGAGAUGGGUCAGUUAUUCUCUGACACUGAACAUACCUUGGGAAAUUUCCAAAAGGUCUUUCUAAAAGCAGUUUAAAAUACAACCGCUUUGGUGUGAUGUGACACCAGAUUCUCGAAACGAAUCCUUCCCCAUUCUGAGCUCUUUACCAGUGACCAGACCGACAGAUGGGUCCUGAAAAUGGCCCUAAUUUUCUUAAAUUCUUUCUGAUGUGCAAUAUUAAGUUGAAAUCAGGUUUUUAGAUCAGUAAUUUAAUGCAAACAAGAUGGUACUGUAAUGCAUCGCAGAAGUUUGUUUCAAAGAAGUGACUUAAAGCAUCAGGUAUGUAAUGCAGACAACAAGAAUCAGAGCACAGUGAAUCAAGCCUGUGUCUCUUUGUGUUUCAUUAGAGAUGUACUGAACCAUCAGAAAUGGUAUUACUUUUUGGAUGCCAUUGUAUUAACCAUGAAAUGAAGGGUUUAAGUUUAGUAACUGAAGAGUUUUGGUGUAAUGACAAUCAUUAUAAUAAAUGUUUCCUUAGUUACAGCAAAUUCAAAAAGUAAUUUGGAGAGGUAGUAAUUUCACACCCACUACUGUGGUACUGAGAAAACAGAACUGUAUGGAAAAUUAUGUUUAUAAAAGGUCCAAAAUGACCUUUCAUUAAAGAAGAAAAAU